AAACGCAGAGUUUUUGCAUCACCCACACCACAGUUCGCACUUACGCGAGCGCAAAAAAGAAGAAGAUGCCUCCCAAGAAAGCCGUCAAGGAGGAGAAGGUCCUUCUCGGACGGCCGGGUAACAGCCUGAAGAGCGGCAUCGUUGGCCUAGCGAACGUCGGUAAAUCGACUCUCUUCCAGGCUAUCACCAAGUGCUCUCUGGGCAAUCCUGCCAACUUUCCCUAUGCCACCAUCGACCCAGAAGAGGCUCGCGUCAUCGUCCCUGAUGACCGAUUCGACUUCCUGUGCGACAUGUAUAAGCCCAAGUCAGUCGUGCCUGCCAACUUGACUGUCUACGACAUUGCUGGUCUCACGCGUGGUGCUUCUACUGGUGCUGGUCUUGGAAACGCUUUCUUGUCGCACAUCCGGGCUGUCGAUGCUAUCUUCCAGGUCGUUCGAUGCUUUGACGAUGCUGAGAUCAUUCACGUGGAGGGCGAUGUCGACCCAAUCCGUGACUUGGACAUCAUCGCCGAGGAAUUGCGCCUCAAGGAUAUCGAGUUCACCGAGAAGUCCCUCGAGAAGCUUGUCAAGGAGACACGGAGAGGUGGCCAGAGCUUGGAGAUGAAGAAGCUGAAGGAAGAACAAGCCACCGUCGAGAAGGUUCUCGCCAUGCUCAAGGACGGCAAAGAUGUCCGAAAGAACAACUGGUCGCCAAAGGAGGUCGAACACAUCAACCCCCUCUGGCUCCUUUCUGCCAAGCCUGUUGUCUUCCUUGUCAACCUUAGCGAGAAGGAUUACAUUCGCCAGAAGAACAAGCACCUGCCCAAGAUCGCUCAAUGGGUCAAGGAGAAUGCCACUGGCGACCCAAUCAUCCCCAUCUCUGUGCAGUUCGAAGAGCGUCUUGCAGCUUUGUCCGACGCAGAGGUAGCUGAGGAGUGCAAAACCCUUGGAACAAGGUCUGCGCUUCCCAAGGUUGUCCUCACGAUGCGCAAGGCCCUUGACCUUGGCAGCUUCUUCACAACUGGUACAGAUGAGGUCAGGCAAUGGACGAUACGGAACGGCACCAAGGCACCACAAGCCGCUGGUGUCAUUCACGGUGACUUUGAAAAGACCUUCAUCCAAGCUAUCGUGUAUAACUACAACGUGCUGAAGGAGGAGGGAGACGAAGCAGGUGUUAAGGCGAAGGGCAAAAUCAUGACCAAGGGCAAGGAAUACGUUGUCGAGGACGGUGACAUCCUGCUCAUCAAGGCUGGUGCGGCGAAGGCAUAGGUGGUUCCAAGCCUUUUACUGCAGAACUGGGUUGUUCCCUCCAGUCGUCGAGACGUUGGGAUAUCAUCAUUAUGCUUAUGAAGAGCUUAUGAAGAGCUUACGAAUCUGGCAAUGCGCCAUAUGAAAAGCAGAUAGCCUGCGAUGUAAAUGAAUGAAAAGACAUGCCAGUUCCAACUUAUUACCAUUGUCUUCUUAAGCGUCGCGCUCGUCUACCUUAUGUGAACUAUUCAAUAACCUGCAUUUGAUCUAUAUUCUGUCCGCUCCAAUGC